AUGAAUAAGAACUCAUUAUUAUUAGUUAUAUUAUUAUUUGUGACACUGGUAGUCAAUAUUAAUGGUAGAUGUUCUUCAUGCAAGAGUUUGAAUGAAGUAUGUACCCCAGAUGUUGACUUUUGUCGUGACAAUAGUUUCUGUGUGACUGGCGAAGAUGGAACCGGAGAGUGUAUUGCCAUCCCUGGUAAUGGAGGAGAUUGUUCCAAGACCAAAUUUUGUUUGGACGAGUACAGGUGUGACGAUAUAACUAAGAUCUGUGUCUCCCAAAACUACCUUGGUUAUGGCGAGUCUUGCGCCAACAACACCCAAUGUUCGAUUGGUCUGACCUGCACUGAUGGAUCAUGUUCCUCCUCCCUCUACCCCAAGUGUGUAAUGGACGUCGAAUGUAGAUACAAUGAACGAUGCAACUAUGCUGGAACAUGUGCUACGCCCCUGGUCGAUGGAUCGGCCUGUCAAUAUGGUGGAGACUGCAGCCUCCUUAGCAACUGUAUGAAUAGAGUCUGUGUUCCUUACUUCUCUGUUUCUGAAGGUGGAGAUUGUUAUUCCGACGAGAUAUGUGACACAUCCCAGAACCUACUAUGCAUCGGUUUUAUCUGCCAGAAUAAGAACUUCUACGACAAAUUGAAGUGCAACUCUACCCUUGACUGCGGUGAUGUUUUAAAUUACCGUUACUGUGGGUGUGACAGCAGUGUCUCUCCAUCGAUUGGCAGGUGCCACACUAUCAUGGACCCAAAAGGUUUGUCCAAGCAAGAUUAUUAUGACUACAACCAGUGUCUGAUGGAUAACAAAUGCCCUCAAGUCGAUUCACACAUCCCUGCCAGCUGCUCGGGAGGAAAAUGUGGCUUUCCAUUCUCCAAGACCUACAAGAGCCCUUGCAGCUCAGGCUCGGCCCUUUUCAACAAAGUCAACAUCACCUUUGUUAUCGCCAUCCUCCUCACCACUGCCAUAUUAUAA